UCAAUCUGAAUCGUUUUCUUAACUCGAACCUUGAACUUUUUAAUAGAGCUGUCCAAACCUCUUCUUCAUAUUAAAAAAGAUGGUGACAGCUGUUGUCAUUAUUGAAAUAUUUUCGAGUUAUAAUAUUGUUCAUAUUAAUGAUUAUAAUUUACUAAUUGUGGAUGUACGUGAUUUUGUUUAAUCAUUUUAUUUUUAAGAAUGUCUUUUCUUAGUGUGAAAAUAUAUUAUGGACCCUGCAACACAUUUGAUAAUUGUAUGCAUAAACCGCAAUUUCUAAAUGGCUUAAGAGAAUAUCUCAUCAAGCUGGGGUACCGAGUCCAGCUCCGCCCUGUACGGUUCCUAAACUAUUGCAUGAUUGAAAUGUGUGGACAUGAGGUAUGGCGUGGUAACAUAAAGAACUUUAAAUUCAACACACCUUUCGAUCAAGAUCCUGUUUGCAAGCGUGCCGUGGAAGCAGUGAUAACAUCGAGUGUAAAAUUCCGUCGAGCCAGAACCUACCUCUGGUUCUGGUCUUUAAUAGACCAUGAACUCUUCAAACGAACCGGAUAUGGACCAAUGGACAACUGGCCAGGCACCGUUGAAUCCGUAGAAUAUAGUGACAUUAAAGAAUGUUUAAAAUGCUGCAAUAUUAUAGCAACUCAACGCCUCCAUGACUCAAAUGUUAAUAUUUCUAAAUAAUAUUAAUAAUU